AUGGGCCAGGAGACCGAGCUGUUCAACUUCAACUGGGGAUGGAGAACCCUUUCAUGGCCAGGACGGCUGGGGACGGUCGCACAAGGACGAGUCAAGGAUCUUCUGCCACACCCGCUGAGGAUGAUCUGGGACAACCGAAUCAAGGAUCUUCUGCCACACCCGGUGAGGAUGGUCUGGGACGGACGAGUCCUCGACCUUAUGCCUCACCCGGUGAGGCUUGUGGCUCACUCGCACUACGAGGCCGUCAGGACCGUGUUCAGCGUGGGAUUUGAGCUUAUGCACUGUCCCCACCGCGGCCAUCACCAUCAUCUGAUUGGUUGCCUCGGACAUUGGAUCAUGCGUCUGGCGCCACCUCUGCACUGGAUGCCAAACCCAGUGAAGCUUGUGGCUCACUCGCACUACGAGGCCGUCAGGACCGUGUUCAGCGUGGGAUUUGAGCUUAUGCACUGUCCCCACCGCGGCCAUCACCAUCAUCUGAUUGGUUGCCUCGGACAUUGGAUCAUGCGUCUGGCGCCACCUCUGCACUGGAUGCCAAACCCAGUGAAGCUUGUGGCUCACUCGCACUACGAGGCCGUCAGGACCGUGUUCAGCGUGGGAUUUGAGCUUAUGCACUGUCCCCACCGCGGCCAUCACCAUCAUCUGAUUGGUUGCCUCGGACAUUGGAUCAUGCGUCUGGCGCCACCUCUGCACUGGAUGCCAAACCCAGUGAAGCUUGUGGCUCACUCGCACUACGAGGCCGUCAGGAAAGUAGCGGGCGGCGACAUCAUGGGCCUCCUGCCAGAUCAAUUGAACAAGAUUGCCGGUGGCAACAUCAUGGGCCUCUUGCCGGGUCCACUGAACAAAGUUGCGGGCGGCGACAUCAUGGGCCUUCUGCCAGAUCAAUUGAACAAGAUUGCCGGUGGCGACAUCAUGGGCCUCCUGCCAGAUCAAUUGAACAAGAUUGCCGGUGGCGACAUCAUGGGCCUCCUGCCAGAUCCGCUGAACAAAGUUGCGGGAGGCAACAUCAUGGAUCUUGUCAGCGACCCAGUGAAGACGCUGUCCAAUGGCAACAUUCUGGAUCUCCUGCCUGAGCCAGUGCAGCUCGUUGCAGGUGGCCGGCCCGACUCCAUCAGAACAACGCUCACAAUGGGCAACGAGCUCAUGCGGUGCGCCAACCCGACUUCGCAAGGUGACCUGAUCCAGUGUCUCGGCUACAAGAUUGUGGGAAGCGUCCCUCCACUGAACUUCUUGAAUCGCCUGGGCGACAUCUUCAGCGAGUUCAUCGAGGCCUUCGCGAAGGUGGCCGCUACAGUGGCCACACAGGCUAUGAAGGGUGGACAGUCUCUGCUACAGGUGGCUGCCACCUCCGAGUUCCCUUCUGCCGACUCUCCACCCAUGGUGCACCACAGAGGCCCCAACCUCCUCAUCACGAAGCACUCGCAGCACGCGCCCAGUGGACAAGCCGAGUUGUUGCAGGAGAUGGCGGCACAGCGUGGCGACGAUGAGGAGGACGAGGAGCCUCCAGCCGCAGUCAGCUGGGGCUUCAGUGACUAUGGGCCCAAGACCAGAGCAUUGGUGACCCAGUUCGAUGGCAGGGAGACCGCCACGGGAUCCUGCUUGGCCUUUGCGCCAAGGGACAAGACCGGCAGCGACAACCAGGCUACUCAAAAAGACUGGCAAGCGCCGACUGAGGAUGACUUCGUGAAGCUGGAACCUUGGGCGGUUCCGUGCGGCAACAAGUGGAUGAAGGACAACUGGAACAAGUGGCAGGGCUAUUCUUUCUACACUGCGGACACGGCCAUCGAGAAGUGUGUGACCGUGAGCUUCCAGUUGAACAUGCAGCCCGUCGUUGCCUUUGUCGGUGGCAUCCAGUUUGACUUGCUGCCCGGGCCUCUGGCUGAGGUGGACAGCCAAGUGUGUUGGCCGAGAAAUCAGCCGGGCGGGCUCGACCUGAGCGUCUUGCGCUCUGAGAUCAGGUCCAACGGCGUCAUGCUCUUCAGCCGCACGCUCCGCCUGGCCAAGCGCUUCGGCAAGGAUACACACUUCGUGACGGACAACAUCAAUGGCGGCCAUCAAACUGCUCGAAGCUACUUUGCGGUUUCAGACACAGGCUCAGAGAGCGGGACUGGCAUGGCUUCCAUGAAACGGUCGGCUCUUCUGGAAAGCAACCACAGCAAGGCACGUGCGCAGACUCAGUUGGAGAAGUCGCUGUACUGGAAAGAGCAGGAAGACGACUUGUACUUGGCAUCGGUCGAAUACGGGAAGGAUCUGGGCAUCAACAAGACCUCCGAGCUGCGAGGGCAAGAAGCUCGGAAGCGCAUCAGCGCCAUGGAGUCCGAAUCCGAGGCCCAGUCGGCAGCAAACGUCUUCAAGCUCUUCAGCUUCAAGAACGCUGGUGUGGUCAACUUUGAGGUCAAAGGCCUGCUCUCGGGCAACUGGAUUCAGCUUGGAUUGCAGAUGGGCUUCGGCCCAGCCUACCAGAGCCCGGAGACGACGAUCCCCUUGGUGAACAUCGCAGAUCAGUUCGCCCUCAUCUUGGCUGCAAUGCCCGAUGAGCUCGUGUCAUGGGAGAGCAGGUCCCGCGCCAUCGCCGCGCUCAAGGACUUCUCCAGCGCAGAUGUCCAGGCGGUGAACAGCAAGGCCAAGGAGGUGAAGGUUGCCGAUGACAGCAAGGACGGCAAGGAUGGGAGCUGGUCCUUCGGCGUCAACUCGCCUCCUUUUAGCUCGGGCAUUAAGCGCCAUGAGCAGGUCGAGGAGGAGAUCCUCCGUGAGUGCCAGGGACAGAUUGUGGAGGGCAGCACGUGCUCACACUUGCAGGAGGCAGACUGUGACAGUCGUUUCGUGACGGUGGGAGCUCGCACCAUGCAGUGCGCAUGGCUGGACGGAAGAUGCUUGACCAUGGGCUCCGCUUGCCUGACCACCACCACCACGACGACCUCCACCACGACGACCACCAGCACAACGACCACCAGCACAACGACCACCAGCACAACGACAACAACCAGUACAACGACAAGCACAAUAACAUCCACAACAACAAGCACGACCACCCGCACAACGACAACGACCUCGACACUUACCACCACAACCACCACCUUGUUUACUGAAGCCAACGUCCAGGACGGCUUGCUGUGCGACUACUUCUACGAUCAGUCCCAGUGCCAGGUGCCGAAUCUGGGAGUUCUGACCCCAGCCCAUUCAGCAGUGCUGCCGCAGAUUUUCAUGGAGCACGGACGAUUCCCCAACCUGCGCAAACGCGAUCAGUUCUGCAUCAGGUGCACGGGCAGUUUGAUCACGAAGACCGACGGCAAGUACAAGUUCUACCUGAGCUCGGACGACGGCUCGCUCAUGUACCUGAAUGGGGCGAAGGUCGUGGACAACGAUGGCUGCCAUGGAGAAAUCGAGAAGCACAGCAACGAGAUGUUCCUUGCGGCAGGUGUCCAUAGCUUGGUGGUGGACAUGUGUGAGCUGGGUGGUGGCGAAGUCUUCAAGAUGCGCUACCAGGGCCCGGACACUGGCAACUCCAAGAUCACAGUUCCCAUGUCUGCGCUCAAGCACUCAGUCAAGCGCUUGUCGGACGGCCUGGAGUGCGACUACUUCUACAACCAGGCCCAGUGCCAGAUCCCUGAUCUCGCUGCAAUGACCCCAGCCUACAGUGCUAUCUUGCCGGAGAUCUACAUGGACCGGGAUCAACACGAAAGGCAGGGCGAUGGCGACGAGGGCUGCGUCCGCUGUGCAUGCAUAAUUAAACAGCCUGGCAAGAAAUAUGCAGGCUCUCUGCUGCACUUGAACGGGGAGAAGCUCGUCGACAACAACGGCUGCCAUGGCGAAACCGAGAAGUCCAGCCACGAGAAGUUCCUUCCGGCAGGUGUCCAUAGCCUGGUGGUAGACAUGUGCGAGAUGGGUGGCCACGAAGCCUUCAAGGUGCGCUACCAGGGCCCGGACACGGGCAACUCCAAGAUCACAGUUCCCAUGUCUGCGCUGAAGCACGACACGAAGCUUCCCUUGUCGGAUGGCCUCGAGUGCGACUACUUCUACAACCAGGCCCAAUGCCAGGUCCCCGACCUGACUACCUUGAGUCCUGCCCACAGCGCGAUCGUGCCAAAGAUCUACAUGGAGCAUGGGCGAUUUCCCAACGUGCAGCAAGGGGACAAUUUCUGCGUCAGGUGCAAAGGCCGUCUGGUCACAAAAAAACCGGGCGACUACACGUUCUUCCUCAGCUCAGACGACGGCUCUCUCAUGUACCUGAAUGAAGAGAAGGUCGUCGACAACGAUGGCUGUCAUGGCGAAACCGAGAAGCCCAGCAACCGGAAGUUCCUUCCGGCAGGUGUCCAUAGCCUGGUGGUGGACAUGUGCGAGAUGGGUGGCCACGAAGCCUUCAAGAUGCGCUACCAGGGCCCGGACACCGGCAACUCCAAGAUCACGGUGCCCACAUCUGCGCUGAAGCACGACAUCCAGCACAUGGUGGAUGGCCUGACGUGCGACUACUUCUACAACCAGGCACAGUGCCAGAUCCCUGACCUCGCUGCCAUGACCCCAGCCCACACUGAAAUUCUGCCGGAGAUCUACAUGGAGCACGGGCGAUUCCCCAACGUGCGCCAAGGAGACAAUUUCUGCCUCAGGUGCACAGGCCAUUUGGUCACCAAGACCUCGGGCAAUUACAAAUUCUACACCGCCUCAGACGAUGGCUCCAUCUUGUACUUGGAUGGGGAGAAGGUCGUCGACAACGAUGGCUGCCAUGGAGAAACCGAGAAGCCCAGCCAACCGAAGUUCCUGGCGGCAGGUCUGCACAGCCUGUUGGUGGACAUGUGCGAGAUGGGUGGCCACGAAGUCUUCAAGAUGCGCUAUCAGGGCCCGGACACCGGCAACUCCAAGAUCACGGUGCCCAAGUCAGCCCUGAAGCAUGCCAAGGCAACGCCUCAGCCUGCGGCCCAGUCGGCCAUGGUGGCCUGGUUCAAGAGUGAGGAUGCGAGUCCAGAUUGGAAAAGUGCGGUGGGCAACCGGCAGGGGCGUGUGACCAAGGGUAGUGUUUCCAGGAAGGUUGAAUCUGGAAACGGUGCCGGUCGUCCUGUGGCAUACAUCAGCGGGAACACUGGCGCGGGAUACGACUUCGGCAAGAUCAUGACUUCGGACUUUUCCAUCUGCUCGGUCACACGAUAUCUGGGCGGUUCAAAGGGUCGCAUUCUCCAAACCAACCACCCCAACUGGCUACAUGGCCACUGGGGCGGCCGUGCUGGCGUAGCUCAUUACGGAACAUGGGUCACCCCGCACGAAGGACCAAGUUCCACCGACUGGCUCGUGAUGUGUGGCAGCCGUGCCGGAGUUGUUUUCAAGGGUCAAGAGAGAAAGAACAUCGCAAUCCGGCACGGCGUCAACCACGCAGACUACCAUCUGUAUGUCAACGAGGGCUUUCACGAGUGGUCCGACUUUGGCGUCAUGGAGAUCAUGGUUUGGAAUCGCCCGUUGACGGAAGAUGAAAUGUGGGCCAACAUGGAGUACUUGAAUUGGAAAAUCCAGGCAACGCCUCAGCCUGCGGCCCAGUCGGCCAUGGUGGCCUGGUUCAGGAGUGAGGAUGCGAGUCGAGAUUGGAAAAGUGUGGUAGGCAACCGGCAGGGGCGUGUGACCAAGGGUAGUGUUUCCAGGAAGGUUGAAUCUGGACACGGUGCCUAUCGUUCUGUGGCAUACAUCAGCGGGAACACUGGCGCGGGAUACGACUUCGGCAGGAUCAUGACUUCGGACUUUUCCAUUUGCUCGGUCACACGAUAUCUGGGCCGUUCAAAGGGUCGCAUUCUCCAAACCAACCACCCCAACUGGCUACAUGGCCACUGGGGCGGCCGUGCUGGCGUAGCUCAUUACGGAACAUGGGUCACCCCGCACGAAGGACCAAGUUCCACCGACUGGCUCGUGAUGUGUGGCAGCCGUGCCGGAGUUGUUUUCAAGGGUCAAGAGAGAAAGAACAUCGCAAUCCGGCACGGCGUCAACCACGCAGACUACCAUCUGUAUGUCAACGAGGGCUUUCACGAGUGGUCCGACUUUGGCGUCAUGGAGAUCAUGGUUUGGAAUCGCGCGUUGACGGAAGAUGAAAUGUGGGCCAACAUGGAGUACCUGAAUGCAAAGCUCGGGAAGUGA